AUGACAGUCUACCUGGAUCAACUUGGUUGUGAAAUACAGCAAGCAGAGCCAAGUCCUAAGGUUGGUGUAGCAGGUCAUCCUCCAGGAAGUUGGAUAGGAGCCGCUCAGCUGACCGAAGCAUCCGCCGCUGAAGAAUACAGUUGUGAAUAUGGCUCGCUCAAGUUUUAUGCUCUCUGUGGCGUUGGUGGGGUCCUAAGUUGUGGCCUGACACACACUGCUGUUGUACCUCUGGAUUUAGUGAAAUGUCGUAUGCAGGUCGAUCCACAAAAAUACAAGAGCAUCUUCAAUGGAUUUUCAGUGACAGUCAAAGAAGAUGGUGUUCGUGGCUUGGCUAAGGGAUGGGCUCCUACCUUUAUUGGAUAUUCCAUGCAGGGGCUUUGUAAAUUUGGUUUCUAUGAAGUUUUCAAAAUCCUGUAUGGCAACAUGCUGGGAGAGGAAAAUGCAUAUCUGUGGCGUACUUCAUUAUAUUUAGCUGCAUCUGCCAGUGCGGAGUUUUUUGCUGACAUUGCUCUGGCUCCGAUGGAAGCUGCUAAAGUUCGUAUUCAGACACAGCCUGGAUAUGCAAACACUCUGCGGCAGGCUUUACCUAAAAUGUUUGGAGAAGAAGGCAUCUGGGCUUUCUAUAAAGGUGUUGCUCCACUAUGGAUGAGACAGAUUCCAUACACAAUGAUGAAAUUUGCCUGCUUUGAGCGUACUGUUGAAGCUCUCUACAAGUAUGUUGUUCCCAAGCCACGAAGUGAAUGUACAAAAGGAGAACAGCUGGUAGUCACAUUUGUUGCAGGCUACAUUGCUGGUGUGUUCUGUGCAAUUGUUUCCCAUCCUGCUGACUCCGUGGUGUCUGUGUUGAACAAAGAAAAGGGCAGUUCUGCUUCACAGGUUCUUAUGAGGCUUGGAUUCAAAGGUGUAUGGAAAGGUCUGUUUGCGCGUAUCAUUAUGAUUGGUACCCUGACUGCACUACAGUGGUUCAUCUACGAUUCUGUGAAGGUUUAUUUCAGACUUCCUCGUCCACCUCCACCUGAAAUGCCAGAAUCUCUGAAGAAGAAGCUUGGUCUAGCUGAAUAGACAGCUCAUGGACUGACUGUGCUGGCUGUCCCAGUGAUGAGUUUCAUGAAACUUUUAUAUAUUUGACUAUGUAGAAAACAUAUAUGAUGUCAUUAUUGGCUGUGCCCUCAUCCCACACGAGGGUUUAAAUUCUACCACUGUCAUGGUCUGAAAUAAAUGAGAAACAGAGUGCUUAGUGUCUGUUUACUACUGCAUAUAUAAGCUUCAUUUCAUAGCAGCAAAUACCUCAAAUACUUUCCCCCACCCCCUUAAAGAAUUUAAUCUAUUCUACACUUUAGGAACUAGAGAAUUAUGAAACAGUUGUAACAAAAAUAAGCUUUUGCUGUUUCCAGAGAAGUGCCAAGAACCUGUCAUUGCAGAACGGCAGUAACUAACCUGCAGUUCUAUGCAUUUUGAGUCCACUGUUUUAUUUGCCUAUAAUAAGCUGUUACUGUAGAACAGCUGAAUGGAAUGGCUGAGAUGAGACUGCAAUCUGCUAGGGCAUCCUGGUCAUACAGAUAAAAGGAACCUUAUAUAUAAUAGAGCUGUUUCUGCUUUGGGGUGGUUAUCCUAACAUAACUAUCUUAUGCUUGUUUGACUAACUUCUGCUUUGAACCACACCAAAGAACUCAGUCCUUUCAGUUGUACUGUGGAAUUAAACAGUAACUGCCACCUUAACAAAAGAAAAGCUGAUGUUGAUGAAGAUUCUCAAAGAUACCCAACCACUAAAAGCUUACUACAGCUUUACAGUAA